ACAGGCAGGGACAAUGAGCUCCUCUGUGGUGAUCUGCGAAUCCCGAAUUUAUUUUUUCUUCAGUUAAUUCUACUGAAGGGGAGGGAAUUCAAAUGAUUUUAAAAUACAAGAGGAGGGUCGUGUGAAAAUGUAGAUAUGUCCCGAACACAACUUUACCCGUCUGGAGGGUACAGUGGAUGCCAACUAAUUAUAGUGACGGAUGGAGACUGCUGGGGAUGUAACUCCUCGAGAAAUACUCUACAUUUGAGCCUUCCAUCAUCAGGAAAAUUGCCCUGUUUUCUCAAAAGAGCUUUCGCACGUUUAACUGGUUUAGAGCAGCUUUAAUAAUCUAACUGCAGCGCAGAAGAUCUUCCCUCCUAGCAACACUAGACAGGUCAUCGCGCACAAUGUUUGGGAGCGAAGUUAUUCAAGCAAUAAAUCCUGCGAAUUUAGCUAGCACUGAAACAAAUACAGAAGAAUAUAUAUUUGCGGUUGGUACUUACAAACUCCUUGCUUUUGCCAUCGGAACAAUCGGAGUCUUCGGAUUUUGCAACAAUAUUAUUGUCAUCGUGCUGUACUACAGAUUCAAGAGACUCCGGACGCCCACAAAUUUGUUAAUAGUAAACAUUAGUAUAAGUGACGUGUUGGUGUCUGUCAUUGGAAUUAACUUUACGUUUGUUUCGUGCAUCAAAGGCGGAUGGGUCUGGAACUCGGCAACAUGCAUUUGGGACGGAUUCAGCAACAGUUUAUUUGGCAUCGUGUCCAUCAUGAGUCUCUCUGCCCUGGCCUAUGAGCGCUACAUCCGGGUGGUCCAUGCUAAGGUGGUGGACUUCGCCUGGGCCUGGAGGUGCAUCACUUACAUCUGGCUCUACUCCCUGGUCUGGACAGGGGCUCCUCUCCUGGGGUGGAACCGCUACACUCUGGAGAUCCACCAGUUAGGCUGCUCUCUGGACUGGACUUCCAAGGACCCUAACGAUUCCUCCUUCGUCCUCUUCUUUCUCCUGGCCUGCUUCUUCGUACCAGUGGGCAUUAUGAUCUACUGCUACGGGAACAUUCUUUACACAGUGCAAAUGCUCCGCUCCAUCCAGGACCUUCAGACAGUGCAGAUUAUUAAGAUCCUGCGGUACGAGAAAAAGGUGGCCGUCAUGUUCCUCUUGAUGAUCUCCUGUUUCCUGGUGUGCUGGACGCCCUACGCCGUGGUGUCCAUGAUGGAAGCCUUUGGCAGGAAGAGCAUGGUCACCCCUGCCGCCGCCAUCAUCCCCUCCUUCUUCGCCAAGUCCAGCACGGCCUAUAACCCUCUCAUCUACAUCUCCAUGAGCAGAAAGUUCCGGCGCUGCUUGCUGCAGCUGUUGUGCUCCCGGCUCUCAUGGAUUCAGCACAGCGUCAAGGACCGCCCCCUGGCCCGGAGCAUCGAGCGGCCCAUCCGCCCAAUCUUCAUGUCCCACCGAGGAGAUGGGGAACGACCAAAGAAGAGGGUGACCUUCAGCUCCUCCUCCAUCAUCUUCAUCAUCGCCAACAACGACAUUCAGCACCUGGACACCACCUCCAAGAGUGGCCGUAUGUUGUCAGAGGUCAUCCAGGUGCGGCCGCUGUGACAGAGCAUUAUGGGUACUGCAGUACGUCAUGCUACACCCAGGCCACCAUGGGAACUGACUAAUCACCUCCAUCUAACACCUGUUCCUCUGUAUACCUGAGGACUUCCUCUCAUGAUGCAGUAAACCCGGAGGUGUUUCCUCUCAAAAGCCAAAACACCUUUUUGACCCAAGACUACUGGAAGUGUUUAAUGUCCUGUUCUCAGACUGUCUCGCCAGGAAACACUUUUUCUACCAACAGUUGUGGUAAACAAAUGAUGUAGCUGUGAAUUUGUGACGUAUCUCUCUCAACUUGUACCCUGUUAUUUUCAACAGCGCCUAUGUAAUCGUGUCAGCCAGCCUUCGACAUAGUAUCAUCCUGAGUUUAGUGCAGUGCAGUGCAGUGCAGCAGUGCUGAAUGACUGAUGGGAAAAGCCUUGCAAUAUUGCAGCAGCACAUUCUGCACAAUACUCUCUCCACCUUUAUUGUAUCUGGAUGUGAGAAAGAGAUCCUAUUUUAAGAAAGCCACAGAUGAGAUGUAUUUAAAAAAAUAUUUUUAAAAAAUCUUCCUAAUUUAAUUGUCACCACACUCACUAGCGUGAUAAGUGCAAUCACUGUGAAAUGACAUUUCGUGGAAUUAUUUACGUAGAAUAAUAUGAAUGUAAUUAAAGAGGGAGGAGAUUGUGGUCAAGAUCAGACUGGUUCCACAGGCGGCAGCGAUAAGAAACUCCAGUGGCUCCAGGUUGCAGAUGGAGCUCCCUUCAUAAGCCUCCCGAGUCGUCCCCUAUGAGUAGAGUUGAUGAGGAGAUGAUCUUAUUCAGCUCUAUAUAGGCACCAUGUCACCAUAUACGUGCAUCUGUGGUGACCUGAGACUGUCGUAAGAGCAAGCCAAUCAUCAGCCUAGCUAGUAGCUACCACUUUGAGCUUGACAUUUACAGUAGAAUUAUAGGUCUGGUUUAUCCCACAGAAAAUGUUUUUCAUAAAAAUGUGUGCGCCUUAGAUGUUUGUCCUUUUUCACUCAAAACAUGUUAUGCUGUGUGAAGGACUCC